AUGAGUGAGUGUGAUCAGAUGACCGAAAUGGCCAGCUCGUUCUGGUUACGGUUAUCUCUAUGUGGAAAUCUUGCCAUCACAAUCCUAUCAUUCCCAAUACUUCUUUCUGCUCUACACUAUAUCAAUUCACAACAACUGUUCCAUCACAAUACCCGAAUCCAGAUAAAAGUUCACAUCUUCGCACUACUCGUCCAUUCGACAGGAAGAUUCGGUCUUCACACUUUCGACCUCAUCAAUUAUUUCACAAACACUGGUUGUGACGCACUUCCCAACUUCUAUCGAUGUCUUAUUGUUCGGGGACUCUACAAUUUUGGAAUGGCUCUCGCUGCAAUGUGUUCUACAAGUCUCGUCAUCGAAAGAUCUUUUGCACUUUUAUACAAUUCGACAUAUGAAAUGUGUGGUAGAGGAUUCGGAUUACUCCUUGGUCUUCUCCAACUAUUUCUUGCUUUUGCUUUUCUUUUCAAACUAUACUUCGACGCUUCCUUCACUCCAGUUCCUAAUGUAACACUCUACUAUUGCCAGACACUUGCUUCCGGUCACGGAUCCGUGUGGACAAUCAAUGCUCCACUAUAUGUUGUUAUGGUUGGCCAAUGUGUAUGUAGAUUGAUUUUCUGGUAUCUCGCAGUGCAAACUAGAAAGAAAAGAAACACCCAGAAACUGCAAAGUUUGAGUACCCGUUACACUCUGGAACAGGGUAUUAGAUCAAUCAAAGCAUUGAAUAUGUUUAUCAACGCUAAUUGUUUCGUCUUCUUUUUUCUCUCAUUCAUUGGAACAACUCUACAUUUCAAUGCACUGAAUAUGAGAAGACCAACCUACUUUGCUCUGGUAGAAGUGAUUCAUUUUUUGCCAACUUAUGGAAUCCUGCUGUCCGUUUAUACGUAUUAUUCAUUAAAAAACCUGGACACAAAACAGAAAACGUCAUUGACCAAGAGUAUCCAGGUGGAUCCAAGUUAUUAUCUCAUUGAAUUUCAGAAACAAAUCAGUUAA